UUUACCCAGCCAAGCCAUCUAGUCGAUGGCAAUGAGAAUCCCUUGCCUAGGUGAGGUGAGGUGACCCUCAUCAGAUUCAUUCACCAAGGAAGGGGAAGGGGAUCGAUUCAAUUGAUAGGACAAUGGUGGGCGUGCUCUCCAACCAGGUGGAUCGGAUGGACAUCGCCGCCGGGGAUCACAUCUACUCUUGGAGAACCACCUACCUCUAUGCCCACCACGGGAUAUACAUCGGUGAUGCCAUGGUUAUUCAUUUUACAAAAGCAGCUGGACAUGAAAUUGGAACUGGGACGUUGUUGGACAGGUUCCUUUUCAGCUCAUCUCUAGCAACGGAGGGUCCUCCCUGCCAGAAAUGUGGUCACUUGAUUAAUAAGCAGCAGGGAGUCAUAACAUCAUGCCUUGAUUGCUUCCUAUAUGGGGGCAAUCUGUACAUGUUCGACUAUGCGGUGUCCGCUGCUUUCUUCCUUGCAAAAGCACGUGGGGGAACAUGCACCCUGGCUGCAUCGGACCCUGCUGAUGUUGUGAUCCACCGUGUCCAGCACCUCCUGAAUAAUGGGUUUGGCAUGUAUAGUCUGUUCAAGAACAAUUGCGAGGACUUUGCUAUAUACCGCAAGACAGGGCUGCUUGUGGAGACUUCUUUCAGUGUUGGGCGCAGUGGGCAGCUGGCCUCCCUGACGGCUGCGUUCAGCGCAGUGGCCUCAUCGCCGCUCCGGUUCCUGACAACUAGUGCUGGUGGACUGGCGAUUGUGACAAGCGGCAUGUACUCUGUGGGGCGAUAUGUGUCAGAUAUUGGUGUUCGGCGCGAUGUCAUCAAAGUCCCUGUUGAAAGGCUAGUGGAGCACUGGUCGCGAGAUCCUGCGCCUGCUUCUCAACAACGUCGACAGGAAUGCCAUGGAGACGGGCAUGGCGGCUGCGUUCCUGUGUCGCGAAGCUAGCGCUUGCUAACAGGAAAAGCAGUGUGCUUCUGCGAUGCUAAGAGAAAAUAUUAUGUUGCCGAAACCGAAUGACAUUGCAUGACGCAAUGUAACGAUUGUUGUACUUGUAUUCUGACCAUAUGCAUGUUAUUGAUUGACCGGCCAUCGUUUCAAUUUACUCUA